UAAGUAUCGAUCGUAGAUAUGCGAUAUAUAUGAACUACCAUGCGAGGUUAAUUUUUAAUUAAAUUCGUAACAAUUAACCUUCCUAAAAGAUUUUAAUGAGAAACGCUUCGAGGGAUUCGUUUGAAGAUUAAGUAUAAUAUAAAAUAUAAAGAUGGAUUAUGCAAGGAAAAUAGGAAAAAAGAAGGAACCUCACGUCUGGGCGAGGACCGGUAUUACAAUGGUAACGGCGUUUGAUUAUAAACUGAUAAAAGACGUCCCAAAGGAUAUAGAAGAUCGACGUUUAAAAAAUUGGAAAAAAUGGUUGGCCGAGAGAGAAAAGAUCAGUCGUCGUAUAAAAUCUGUAACGGGUCGUCCGAAAAUCGAUCAGAUUAUAAACUCUUGCGAGAAAGUACGUUCCCUGAUAGAAUUGAAAAACUUGAUGGAGUACGCCUCGAUACCUGUUCCUGUAAUACCUGAUAAAUAUCGCGGUGGUCCAGAAUUUUGGAAAAUUCCGGAAUCCUUGGGCAAACAUGGCAAUGACAUUUGCUUGCCCGAGAUAACAAUGGUACCAACCAAAAGGGAUUUGAACCUUCCACCGGACCUGACGUACGUCGAUGUACCAGAACUGAUCGAGGAAGAAAAAGGUUUACGUGGUAUCUCGUUGAAUGAGAGAACAUGGGAACGAAAUUUGUAUUUUAAACGACGAGAAAAAGAACUACACGAAGAGAUAAAGUUAUUGAUGCCUAAAAAACCAGAAACGAAGGAACUUUUAAUUCGGGGUAAGACUUUUGUCGAGCCAAAGAGAGAGCCAAUAAUACCCGUUAUAACGAUCACCGCACCGGAAGAGGAAAAACCCGAUGAUCUGGAUUUGGCGAUAAUUUUAAAGAUUCAGGAUCGAGAGAUUGCUCAAAAUUCGAACGACCAAUGGUCCAACGAGAAACCCAUAGAAUGGGAUUUAAUAUUUCGUGGAAGGAUCGAUGAAAGAUCCGAGCAGAAGAUCAUUUUUGAGAACAAGGGUAACAUCGUGAUCCAUUAUCGCUGGAGAGACUCAUCUUUUCAACCAAAUUUUCAAUUCUUUCGAAAACACGAUAGCCCAUUUCACUUCAACAAAAACGAUGGCAUAGUUUUACAAGGAACAAUCGAGGAAUUGAAGAUCUGGUAUUUGCCACGAUCGUCCAAUGUCUUCACCGAAUCCUGGAGACUCUUUACAGACCCAAAAAUAUGCAAUUCUCCGUUGAUCUUUCGAUUCUGGGGUUGUGCCGAAGAGAGAGACUAUAAGAGAUCAAAUUGUUUUGCCAUAUCGAAGAUCGACUUGUAUUUAAAUCGUUGCAUCAAAGACUCGAUAAUUCGAGAAAUCAUCGAGACGAUAAUGGCUAAUAUUGAUUAUAGAAAACCAUCCGAACCUGCUUACAGUAGCUUGUUUCUUGAAAGCGACGUCUUCAGAGCUAAAAAUCCUUAUCACUUUUAUCACACGAAUAUUAUAUUGAAGUUACGCAAACUUUAUCACGAGGUGAUCGAUCGACCAGCCGUACCUUGGAAUUUAUCUCUGAAUGAUCUUCGAGAGAUCCUUCUACUUAUAAAGAGAUCAGAACGGCGACAGCAAAUGCUUUUACGAUUCAAUAAUCUCUACAAGGAAUGCUUGAAGCCUCCGUUGAUUUCUACUUUCGUAAAUGAUAAGAAAUAUACGGCUGUUUAUAAUGCGUUGUGUUCUUUUGCAAAUUGUUUCGAGAUCGAGAGUGAAUUUACUUUGGCCAAUUGUAUUUUGACCAAAGAGAACAAACCAUCGAAUUCGAAUGUCUCCUCGUUGUUACGAUUACCUCUGAGUAAUAUUAACGAGGAUCGUAAAAAGAAUGAAAGCAAUAAAUUUAUGAAUGCACAGACAUUUGAAAGCAAUGUGAGCUUGUCUCAGAGUCAUAUUGGCGGUCAACUUUACAAAGAGAUAUUUUUCGUUCGUAUUCAUGAUAUAUUAGGCGAGAUAAUAGAUCGUAUUUCGGCGAUAAUCAAUUCUUACAAUAGAUUGGAUGGAGUAGACAGUUCGUUCUAUCUGUCGAGAUAAAAAGUACAUUUUAUAUAAAUGUGAUAUAAUUGGAAAAAUUCUUUUUACAAUUCGUUCGAUUGAGUACCUUGCUUCAAAGAUUAAGAUAUACCCAAGAAUAUUCUUCUUCCGCGCAACAAUUGAAUUUUCCUGCAGUUAUUUUUUAUAGGAUCACCUUUUUCAUCCUUCAGCAUUCGAAAAGCAUCGAUCUAGGAUUCAUUUCAAUUUGCUUAAUCAAAUUCUAUUAUCUUCCUUUAAAGAAAUGAUGCUUACUUGGGAAGGACUUAUCGUAAUCAUCAAUGGAAAAAUAAUCCAAGUAGCGCAUUCGGGAUACCCAAGAAUACCGCAUGAACCUUCGUUGUACGAUCCUUGGUAACUGUAAUAACGUUCGCAACGAACUGCCCAUCGUAUCCAGCAUAAGGAAUCUUAA